AUGGGUCUUCAGCGUUAUUUCCAGAUGAUCAAGAAACUAUGUCAGUCCAAGCGAUAUCCAACAAGUUUGUUGGAAGUCUUGGCAGUCCAGCUUAAGAACAAACUCGAAAUCAGAGACCGAGCUGAUCGACAACAGCAUGAAAGACCAGAACUACCCCAAGAGAUUAAGCAAGAUUUGGAAGCCUAUUCGAUCGCAGAACUGGAAAAUAGUUUUAAGGUCUUCAGAUACGAGAUCUCACAAAAUAUGACGGAGACGCGUGGACAAGGUCCGGAGGCAUCCAUAAAAUCUACGUUGGAGAAUUCAAGAAGGCAACCUUGGAAGCCUAUGGCGCUAUAUCCACAAAAUACAAAAAAGCUGACAGAAUGUAAAACGCUGCAAGCGGAGCAACCGAGAUUUAUGAAGACCUACAGUACAUCAUUGAAAGAGAAGACACGAGUAUCGACCCUCAAGAACUCAAGACGACUCGCCGUUUAUGAAAACGCAACAGGCAAACAACAGGAGCGAGAAGCACGAACCAGUAUUGCAAAGGCAUUCAGGUUACUAGCAAGUAUCCGAGCCUAUGAAGACGAAGAAUAUGCUAACAAGGACAUGGCAUUCGAUGCCGAGAUGGUCCAACGAAUCGAGAAGGCUCGACAAGAACAACAACUUAUCAGAGCAGCUAUCAACAAUAGAGGAGGAUACGGUCAUGGAGGAGGUCGAGGCCGAGCUUGUUUCGACAGGGCCAGCGGAUGGAAUAGCACCAGGGGGCCGUUUACUGGUAUUGGCAACAGAGAAUCAAACAUCCGUGGGCGGUUUCAGUAGUGAAGGAAGGGUACCGAUUGCCUUUCGAUAGGGUACCACAACCGUGGCACAAGGGGCCUGUGUGCCGUUCUUUGGUGGAACAAACACAAGUGGACCAAGCAGUACAACAGUUUUUGGCAACCAAGGUGAUCGAACGCUCACCCACUCAGGACAGGAGGUUUCUUUCUACAUUUUUUACGAUCCAAGAAGCUGCGAAAAUUCGGCCGACACCCACUCCCCUUUUGUUUGUAUGUUCCCCAGUCGCUUGUAUAUGAUACAGCUAUAGCAUAUAUGUUUCACGUAUUUUGGACUUUCGACCCAAUAAAGAAAAAA